GCCGAUGUCGGGUUUGAUCAGAGAUAACCAGAGAGCACACAGCUCUUUCAGCUCCUGACUGGCUAUAGGUGCAGCAUCACCAUGGAUCUGGGGAAAGUGGACGGACUUGUGAAGAUUCAGCAGCUGAGGGAUCAGUUUGACAACUUGGAAAAGCACACACAGUGGGGCAUUGAGUUUGCGGAGAAGUACACCAAAUUUGUGAAAGAGCGGUCUGAAAUAGAAAUCAACUAUGCAAAGCAAAUUAGGAAUCUUUCAAAGAAAUAUCAACCCAAGAAGAAUUCCAGAGAGGACGAAGAAAACAAAUAUACAUCCUGUCGGGCCUUCCUGGCGGCCUUGAACGAGCUGAACGACUACGCCGGGCAGCAUGAGCUCAUCGCUGAGAACCUCACGUCUCAGAUCAUCUCCGAGCUGACGCGCUACAUCCAGGAGCUGAAGACAGAGAGGAAAUCGCAUUUCCACGAUGGGCGAAAGGCACAGCAGCACAUUGAAAAUUCCUGGAAACAGCUGGAAUCUAGUAAACGCAGGUUUGAGAGGGACUGCAAAGAAGCGGACAGGGCUCAGCAGUACUUCGACAAGAUGGACGCCGACAUCAACGUGACCAAGGCAGACGUGGAGAAGGCGCGACAGCAGGCCCAGAUGAGGCACCAGAUGGCAGCAGACAGCAAAGGAGAGUACUCGGCCUACCUGCAGAAGUUCAACCAGGAACAGAAUGAACAUUACUAUACUCUCAUACCGCACAUCUUCCAGAGAAUCCAAGAGAUGGAGGAGAAGAGAAUCGAGAGGGUGGGGGAGUCCAUGAAAACCUUCGCUGAGGUGGACCGGCAAGUUCUACCCAUCGUGGGCAAAUGCCUUGAUGGCAUGACAAAGGCAGCGGAAUCCAUUGAGCCCAAAACUGACUCAAAGCAGGUUGUAGAAUCGUACAAGUCGGGUUUCGAGCCCCCCGGCGACGUGGAGUUUGAGGACUACAGCCAGCCGAUGAAGAGGACGGUUUCGGAGUCCAGCCUUUCCAACUCCAGGGGGGAGAGCAAGCCGGAGAAACCCGUCAGCAAGAGCAAGGGCAAGCUGUGGCCUUUUAUCAAGAAGAACAAGCUUAUGUCCCUGUUAACGUCCCCCCACCAGCCCCCCCCUCCCCCUCCUGCCUCCACCUCGCCCUCACCCUCUGCUGUUCCCAACGGCCCCCAGUCUCCCAAGCAGCACAAGGAGCCCCUCUCACACCGCCUCAACGAGUUCAUGGCCUCCAAACCCAAAAUGCACUGCUUCCGGAGUCUGAAGCGCGGGCUUUCUCUCAAGCUGGGCUCUGGGCCUGAGGAUUUCAGCCACUUGCCCCCCGAGCAGAGGAGGAAGAAACUGCAGGCCAAGAUCGAUGACAUCAACAAGGACAUCCAGAAGGAGAUGGACCAAAAGGAUGCCUUGACUAAGAUGAAGGAUGUUUACGUGAAGAAUCCACAGAUGGGAGAUCCCAGCAGUGUGGACCCUCGGCUAGCUGAGAUCGGCCAGGCCAUCGAGAAACUGCAGAUUGAGGCACAGAAAUUCGAGGGGUGGCUCGCAGAAGUGGAAGGACGGUUGCCAGCGAAAAGUGACCCUCCCCGGAGACAGAGUGGACUGUAUGAGACCCAGAACAACACAACAACUGUCAACAACUGCGCCCAAGACCGUGAGAGCAGCCCAGAUGGCAGUUACACAGAGGAGCAGAGUUCCGAGACUCAGAUCAAGGUUCCCAGCACCCAAGAGUUUGAUGAUGAAUUUGAUGAUGAAGAGACACUGCCAACUAUUGGAACUUGCAAAGCCCUCUAUCCCUUUGAAGGCCACAAUGAGGGCACGAUCGCCGUGGCGGAGGGCGAGCUGCUGUACGUGAUCGAGGAGGACAAGGGCGACGGCUGGACGCGCGUGCGCCGGAAUGAGGAGGAGGAGGGCUACGUGCCCACGUCUUACGUGGAGGUCUUUUUGGACACAAACGCCAAAGAUUCCUAAAAGUGUGGGGCUGGCACAGGAAUGGCAGGGCAAGCUGCCUUGGAGAAACCCAUCUUCCUUUAAAGGUCAUUAGUCAGAAACAGCUGACAAAAAGGGGACAAGUUAUGAGGCGUUACAAUUUUCAACUUUAUACAGAAAUCCAUUGAGUGCUCCUUCUGCAAUGUUAGCUGAAAGUCGCAAACAAAAGAAAAAAAGGAAAACCAAAUUCGGCACCCAUCAUAUUAUUUGAUAAUUUUGCUUCUAUGGUUUCCGCAAAGCUUGCUUUUUGGUGUACUAACUUGGCUUCCGUGUCCGUGUGUGUGGCGGCUGAUGGCUCUUGCUUUGAACCCCCAAGCACAGCCUCUCGUGGUCAGAGACAGGACCUGGACCAGCCGAGCAUGCUGCAGGAGAUGAAACUGUCCCACUGAACCCUGUUUAUCAGCGUGGCCAUAAAGCCCCGAACAGGCACUGAGGCCCGGUACAAUACCAGGCAGCGAUGUCACCAUAAAACACAUCAUCACAAUGAGGAGCACUAACCACAGACCGCUGUGGAGGCAAGCCAAUCACUCUUACUGAAUCUAAACAUAGCACGGCCCCAGAAAACGAAACAUAUUUAUUUAUCACGGUCUCUGGCAUGGCCCGUGGAGAAGCAGCAGACCAGGGGCAGGGGGCACUUUCUCUCUUGUGACGCUCGCUGAGAUCCGGUCCUCUCCCUGGUCACCCACGCUCCCCAGGCUGGGGCCUUGGCCACUGGCUCCAGCCAGAGCUCACACCCUCAGGCAGUUGCCCUGGCAGCUUGCUCCUCAGUUGGGAUCGCGUUUCUAAGCAUGCAUGCUUGCCCUGUCUCCUUGCCUCUGCCAAUCCUAGAAGAGGGGUCCGACCCUGUUGCCUGUCAUUUAAGUUAACCCCAUUGCCUGUACAGUUCUUAACCUGUUUUGCUACAUUGUGUUUUGUGCCUGUGGUUUAAUCUUUUGGUUUUAAACCCGUUGUUUGUUGUCUAAAUGUCGUCUAUUUACGCAUGGUCACCCAUUUUAACACCAUGAAUUAUUUUAGUUUUCCACUCCUGGCAUCUCUACUCUUCCACCCAACACAGAAACAUCUGGGAUCCCAAGGUUUUUAUUUUUAUUUUUGAUUAUUAUUCUGAUAUCUUCAAUACAGUACAUAUAAAUAUGAAAAUGCCCUUUGGUAUAUGUAUGUAUAAAUAUUAAAUGCCACUUUAAUAUGAGCAGUUUUUUUUUACCUCAUCAUCUUCUGGAUUUAGUGUUUGAGAUUCAGUAAAUUUCCGCUGGGCUAUUCCUGUAAUGGUCAGACUGUAUCAUCCUUCAUCUUCCCACACAUAACAUUUUUGCAGGGUGUGUUGUACUGCUGUCUAGCUGAAAUAUACUUUGGUUCAUAUACACACCAAUUCCCAAUGUUUCCCAUAAACAUGGAACAGUCAAAUUAGGCAUUACUGGGUUAUUAUUUUAUUGUUGGUAAUAAUGAUUCAAGUAGAUGGCAUUCUGUGGAUCUGUGGUAUGUAAAAAUAACUGGUUGAAAUGAUGUUGUUUUGUUUGUUUUGAAGAGGACUACAGCUGUUUCUUUGUGAGGAUUCAGACAGUACAUUAUUGUCAGUCCACACAGGAAACACAUCCAUGUUUUCCUCUGUUGAUGGCACAUAAUAAUUUGAAUAUUUUUAUAUUGAUUCCUUGUUGGGUCAUGGUUUAAGCCGUCUGUUUUAAGCUGGAUUGAGUUGUACCUAAACCGCUUACUCCUAUCAUCAAUUCAUCCAAGAAAAAAAUUAUAAAAAUCAGUCCAAACUUUGGAAUUCAGGUGCUGUGAAGUAACUUCAAAGCAAGCACUGGUCUACGCAGUGCUUGUUUCCUAUCGUUUUAUCAAGUGAUACCUGAUUAUGACCUGAAUGUAUAUCGGAGGUAUGUGUUUAAAUGUAUUUUGAGAAUAUGACUUGAGCAACAUUGCCAAUAAUUGACUGAAAUAGUGUCAAUACAUCAAUCAGCAUCAAAUAAAGGACGCUCCAUUUACUGCAUUAGCUGGAUCGGCAAUUAUUUACAGAUGAUGAUUACACAGCAUUGCACAAACCUAAUGGUUGAGAAUCAGGGUUAAUGUUCUCGAAGCUGUUGCAUCUAGUUUCAGUGGCAUAGAUUUACAUUCGGCAAUGCAUUUUGAGAGAACUCGGUGGAAGUUUCAGAGGUGCGGCUCCAUUGGCAAAAGCCUAUUACCUGGAAGAGUGCUGCUGUCAGGGGAACGGAGAGGAAACAGAGGUCACCGUGUUGCAUUUGGAAGGUGUAAAUGGCGGUCAUUCACACAUGGGAAUACAAGACGUUGGACAAGCCCUAGCACUCUCCACUCUAUAAAGGAAACCAUGCUGGCACAGCUCACAUGUACAGAAGAGGCUCAUCAGAAUCAGAACGUAUAUAAAUAUAUAAAUAACGUUUAAACAGAUUUAAAAAAUGGAAAUAAUACGUCUAUUUUUAAGGUUUUAACUAUAAUGUUCCUAAAAUUCCUUUUUUUUUUUGCUUUUUUUUUUUUUUUUUGCUUUGCUAAGAUUUUUGAUUUUCUGUAAAGUCUGCCAAAUGGUAUUUUUUGCACUUUUUGUUUGUUACAUUUGGUAUGCUUGUGUUUCUGAGCACUGAAUACUUUGCAUUGUGUUAACUGUGCCAAUAAAAAAUAUUGGGGGAAGAAA